CUGUUAAGAAGCAACUUCCUGUAACAUUGAGAGCUGAAAACGUUUUCCGUACACAUUGAUUCUCUGUGGAUUCUUCAUAAAAAUGGCACGUAAUAGUGAAAAGGCAAUGACAACACUUGCCAGAUGGCGAGCGGCACAUUUAGACGGAACGAGAGAAAAGGAAAGACGUCCGUAUUUGGCCUCUGACUGUGAGGACGUGAGUAAGGCUGAGAAAUGGCGCCGGCAGAUCAUAGGGGAAAUAUCAAGGAAGGUGGCCCAAAUCCAGAAUGCUGGUCUGGGGGAGUUCAAGCUGCGAGAUCUGAAUGAUGAGAUCAACAAGCUGCUGAGGGAGAAGGGUCACUGGGAGGACCGCAUCAAGGAGCUGGGGGGUCCAGAUUACAAGAGGACUGGUCCUAGGAUGCUGGACCAUGAGGGGAAGGAGGUCCCAGGCAACAGAGGGUACAAAUAUUUUGGAGCAGCCAAGGAUUUGCCAGGUGUUCGAGAAUUAUUUGAACAAGAACCUCCGCCCCAGCCUCGGAAGACCAGAGCAGAGCUAAUGAAGGAUAUAGAUGCUGAUUACUAUGGUUACCGAGAUGAGGAUGAUGGGAUACUUAUCCCCCAGGAGCAGGAAAUAGAAAAGCAAGGUGUGGCCAAGAAAGUGAGGGACUGGAAGGAGCAGCAGGAGAAGAUCAGUCGCGGGGAAGUGGUGGAGGAGGAUGCCAUGGAAACCGAGGAGGAAAUCUACCUGCCAGAGGAGAUUGAAGAAGAAAUCACAGAAACCCAGAAAGCAGAAGAAACUGCUGAACACUUUAUUGCCCACGUCCCAGUGCCAUCCCAAAAAGAGAUUGAGGAGGCGCUGGUGAUGCGGAAGAAGAUGGAGUUGCUGAAGAAGUACGCGAGUGAGAGUCUCCUUGAGGAGGAGGAGGGUGUGCGACAGAUGCUAGGUGUGUGACCGGGGAGCCACCCGUAGUGCUGUUUCCGCAAACCAUUACCACAUAAAGUGCUGGUGACAAAGUGGUUGCUGAUGUGUCCGACAACAGGCUGCUCCGGCUACCAUGCUCAGGACGUCACCACAAGACAAUCUCAAACCACCAUGAACAUCUUCGCAUUUAAACAUCUGCCUGUUAAUCACCCACUUGUGUCUUGUAUGGAGAGUAGUUUGUCCCGACAGUAACUUCCCUUACAGACAGCUGUAGCCUGACUCACCACAAGUGCAUCUGUCACCAGCAUGCAUUGGUUUGUACAAGCUGAAUGGUGUUCUACUCUACCAAAGGCUUAUUUGCUAGUGACACAUGUAACAUAUUUAUUAGUACGAGUUCACAAGUCACAACCACCAUGAAGAUACAUGUUACAUUUGUCUUCAGCAACCCAUGCUAGUCGUAAUAGGCGACUAACGGGUUUGGGUGAUCGGCCUUGCUGAUUUCGUUGUUGUCUUCAGCAACCCAUGCUUGUCGUAAUAGGCGACUAACGGGAUUUGGUGAUCGGCCUUGCUGAUUUGGUUGUUGUCUUCAGCAACCCAUGCUUGUCGUAAUAGGCGAAUAACAGGAUUGGGUGGUCAGUCUUGCUGAUUUGGUUGAUGCAUGCCAAGUGCGUUUCACUGGCUUGUGUGCUUCAGAAUGGAUUAUUACAGACCGCUGAUCAUAACUUCCAUACAUUAACAUAAACUUACGACUGUCGUAGCGUAUUAUCGCUUUUAUAUGGAACAGGGUCCAGGGCCCCGUUCGACAAAGUGACCUCAGCUACGUCUAUCCUAAGUCGUUAACGUAUGGGAGUUACGAUCGUCGUAGCGCUAUGAUCUGUGUGCGGACAGGUUUCUGGUGGUUAAUUUGUGGCCUUGUCAUAUGGGUAAUUCUUGGUGUCCUUACCAUCAUGUUGUUGAAAUUGUGCUAAAAGUGGUGUGGACGUUGUGUAACAUCAUUCUCCAUACCAUGUUCACCACCCAUGCUUGUUGGCUUCACCAAAAUGGUAAAUGACCUUGACCUGAACCACUGUGGGCUUCCUCCCAUGUCAACUUGAUGAAGCUGACCUGCUGGUGACCCUGUGAUAUAACUGAAAUACUGCUUUGUAAAGUGUUAAAACACUUUGAGAAUCAUCAGACUGAUCUUGUAAGAUGAUGCAGUGAAACCCUUGUUAGUCUGGACCCUCCAUAGACAGGAACCUCCACUAUCUGGACGGUUCGGUUUGGAAUGUCUACAUAUAUUAAAUGUACUGCUCUUUUACAAUGACAAGAGUUUGGACAUUGGUUAAUGCAGACAAAUCUAAGUGGAAUGAUGAUGUCAUGAUUAAAUGGGUUUCACUGUAUGCAGAUGGAUAGUAUUGUGUCGAAAAGUUACAGGGAAACGGGUGGCCCAGUCCUCUAAGGCGGAGCGUUUCGCUGUGCAGAGUUGCGUCCCU